AUGGCUCAUUUCAAGACCGGCACUUCGGACAAGAGCAGCGAGACGGACGUGGCCACAGUUCUGGCCACCACGUUGCUGGAGGCCGAGCUCUACUUCGACGACGGGAUACAGCAGUGUGUCUCCAAGGCGUGGAUCACGACGCAGGUCCGCAACUGGAACGCCGAGGUGCCAGAGCUCGCCGUGGGUGACGUCGUGGUCGCUCACUUCAAGCGCCCCGGCAACCAUUGCCGGAGCGUUCAGACCGACCGCGGCAUCAUUCUUUCGAACUUGCCCAAGGGGCAGGUCUCCAUUAUGUUCCAGGAUGACAUCACGCAGGUCAUCCCGAAGGGGUGGAUCGAGGCCACCGUCACCCGGUGGUCGGGCCAGCGCGAGAAGCUGGCGCAGGACCCGGGCGCGGGCGUCGACCGCCCCGGCGCCUGCAGGCCAGAAAGAAGUAUGCCUGUCGCGCACGUGAAGGAGGAGUGCGUCAUCUGCAUGGAUGCAAAGCCAAAUGGCGUGAUCGUUCAUGGAGAGACGUGCCACCAGAGCACCUGCAUAGCCUGCGCCAAAAGGCUGCAGUCGCAGGGCGACCCGUGCCCCAUCUGCAGGGAACCCAUCGAGACUGUCUGCAAGCACCACGGCCAGGGCCCGUGA